AUGGAGCUGUCGAAUUCCCUCAAUUGGAUGGCAGGGUUAUUUGACGGGGUGGGGGUGGGGCUACAUGUGAUUUCCCCUUCCGCCAUAUCAGGAAACUGCUUGAAGCUCUUGUGGGUGCUUCUUGGAACAGUUUUGGAGGGGCUACAUUCAAAUGGUGUAGUGAGACAUCUCCUCUACACAACAGUGGCCGCAACAAUAAGCAAAUCGAGAGGAACAUGGUCACGGAUACUCCUAAAAUCAUCAUCCUUAAAAAAACCUAGCACUCCUCACAAAAAUCUAUGCAGAAAAAUCUCAAAUUCUAGCCCCCAAAUUCAUCAUUUCCAAAUACCUAAAUCAAAUCUAUCAUUAUCUCAAUACAGAUUCAGUUCAUCUUUUGCCCCUUCUAGCGAUAGAGUAAUCCAAAAACUUCUAGAGGAGGCGGAGGCGGCGAAACAAAAAGAGAAAGAUGAGAAGAGAAAAGCUGGUUUGCUUGAUGAUAAUGAUGAUGUAGAAGAAGAAGAACAUUAUAUGAGCGUUGGUCCAACGAUUGAGAAACUUGAAAAGCAAAAUGCUAAAGAGAAAGGACCACUCGGGCAACAUGAAGAACCAACUGAUUCAGAAAGUGAAGUUGAUGAGAGAUGGGAACCUGACGCUGUUCAGAAACGAUCCGAUGAAUUUGAAAUGAAAUGUAACUGUCAUGCUGAAUUACACACCAUCUUUGCUCAUUCUAAAACCCUUGACGAAGCUAACAACUGGAUGCAUAAAAUUGACCACUUUGAGCAAAAGCAUCUCCAACUUCCAUUUGAGUAUAGGGUUAUAGGAGAGCUGAUGAACCGUUUGAAAGACGCUACUGGGAAUGGGAGGUUUAUGAUUCUUCAGAAACUGAAUAGAGCCAUGAGAAUGGUACAGUGGAAAGAGACUUAUGAUCCUAAUAAUCCUGCAAAUUCUGGAUUUAUUCAGCACGAUAAAGGACGAGGCAAUGCAUAUGUUUCUGUAGAGCAUUCAGGAGGAUUUGAAAAAGAAAGGCAAUUGAUUAAAGGGUUUGGGGAUGACGAUGAGGAUCAAGAUUUCAUUGAUGAUAAGGAUGAUAUAUUGAUGGAGAAGUUCAAUGCCAUUGACAACAAGCUUGAAGAGAAGUUAGCGGCAUUGGAUCAUACAUUUGGAAAGAAGGGGAUGGUUUUGGAGGAGGAGAUUAAAGAACUCGCAUAUGAGAGAAAUAGUUUAACUGAGGAGAAAAGAAGGCCACUUUACAAGAAAGGUUUUGAUACGCGAUUAGUUGAUAUGAACCGAACAUGUAAAGUAAUGAAGGGUAGACAAAUUUUCAAGUACACGGCUAUGUUAGUUUGCAGGAACUAUAAUGGAGUCAUUGGUUUUGCAAAGGGAAAAGGUCCAGCGGCUCCCAUUGUACUUCAAAAGGCAUACGAGAGAUGCUUCCAGAAUCUUCAUUAUGUAGAGCGACACGAGGAGCACACGAUUACACAUGCAAUGCAAACCGAGUAUAAUAAAACAAAGAUAUACCUAUGGCCCGCCCCUACCACAACAGGGAUUAAAGCUGGCAAAACUGUUGAACUCGUCCUAAAUCUAGCCGGUUUCAAAAAUGUCAAGUCAAAAGUUGUGGGAUCAAGAAACGCCCAUAACACAGUUAAAGAACUUUUUAAAGCUCUAAAUGCGAUUGAAACUCCCAAAGAUGUUCAAGAAAAGUUUGGCCGAGCUGUUGUUGAGUCACAUCUUCUAUAA